AUGGCAGAGACAUGGACCCAUAGCAAUGCAGGGGCAGCCUUCCAUCACGGAGAGCCCAGCUGUCAGCUGCCUCACGGGAAGAUGCUGUGUGGACCGGGCAGCACGGGUGUGAGUGUGGCCCCCGCCCUGGGAGUGCUGUGGUUCUGCCUCACAGGUGCGGUGGAAGUCCAGGUUCCGGAAGAUCCCGUGGUGGCCCUCGUGGGCACCGACGCCACCCUGCGCUGCUCCUUCUCGACCGAGCCCGACUUCAGCCUGGCACAGCUCAACCUCAUCUGGCAGCUGACAGACACCAAACAGCUGGUGCACAGCUUCGCAGAGGGCCGCGACCAGGGCAGCGCCUAUGCCAACCGCACAGCGCUCUUCCCAGACCUGCUGGCUCAGGGCAACGCGUCCCUGAGGCUACAGCGCGUGCGCGUGGCUGAUGAGGGCAGCUUCACCUGCUUCGUGAGCAUCCGGGACUUCGGCAGCGCCGAGGUCAGCCUGCAGGUGGCAGCUCCCUACUCAAAACCCAGCAUGACCCUGGAGCCCAACAAGGACCUGAGGCCGGGGGACACGGUGACCAUCACGUGCUCUAGCUACCGGGGCUACCCCAAGGCCGAAGUGCUGUGGCAGGAUGGGCAGGGUGUGCCGUUGACCGACAACGUGACCACGUCGCAGAUGGCCAACGAACAGGGCUUGUUCGACGUGCACAGCGUCCUGAGAGUGGUGCUGGGCGCUAAUGGUACCUACAGCUGCCUGGUUCGGAACCCCGUGCUGCAGCAGGACGCUCACGGCUCGGUCACCAUCACGCCCCAUAGAAACCCCACAGGUGCGGUGGAAGUCCAGGUUCCGGAAGAUCCCGUGGUGGCCCUCGUGGGCACCGACGCCACCCUGCGCUGCUCCUUCUCGACCGAGCCCGACUUCAGCCUGGCACAGCUCAACCUCAUCUGGCAGCUGACAGACACCAAACAGCUGGUGCACAGCUUCGCAGAGGGCCGCGACCAGGGCAGCGCCUAUGCCAACCGCACAGCGCUCUUCCCAGACCUGCUGGCUCAGGGCAACGCGUCCCUGAGGCUACAGCGCGUGCGCGUGGCUGAUGAGGGCAGCUUCACCUGCUUCGUGAGCAUCCGGGACUUCGGCAGCGCCGCGGUCAGCCUGCAGGUGGCAGCUCCCUACUCAAAACCCAGCAUGACCCUGGAGCCCAACAAGGACCUGAGGCCGGGGGACACGGUGACCAUCACGUGCUCCAGCUACCGGGGCUACCCCGAGGCCGAAGUGUUGUGGCAGGAUGGGCAGGGUGCGCCCUUGACCAGCAACGUGACCACGUCGCAGAUGGCCAACGAACAGGGCUUGUUCGACGUGCACAGCGUCCUGAGAGUGGUGCUGGGCGCUAAUGGUACCUACAGCUGCCUGGUUCGGAACCCCGUGCUGCAGCAGGACGCUCACGGCUCGGUCACCAUCACAGGGCAGCCCAUGACCUUCCCCCCCGAGGCCCUGUGGGUGACCGUGGGGCUCUCCAUCUGCCUCGUCGUACUGCUGGUGGCCCUGGCCUUCGUGUGCUGGAGAAAGAUCAAACAGAGCUGCGAGGAGGAGAAUGCAGGAGCUGAGGACCACGAUGGGGAUGGAGAAGGAUCCAAGACGGCCCUGCGGCCCCUGAAACACUCUGAAAACAAAGAAGAUGAUGGACCAGAAAUAGUCUGA